AUGUCUGGAAUCUUAUUCGAAGAUAUGUUCGUAGUUGAAUCUACUGACAUGGGUAGAUAUACCAAAGUUGCCCGUAUAGUGGCUAAUUCAUCAACUUCAAAAGAUAUUAAAAUAACUUUAGAUAUAAAUAAUGAAUUAUUCCCAGUGAAACAAAAUGAUUCAUUAACCAUUGCUUUGAGUUCAUCCUUGGGUAAUGAAAAAUCAAUGUUAACUUCAAAUGGUUCUUGGAGACCUCCAAGGGCUGAUGAUAAAACUCAUUCUUUAGCUGAUGAUUAUGAUUAUGUCAUGUAUGGUACUAUUUAUAAAUUCGAAGAAAAUGAAGAUAAUGAUAAAAUGUCAGUUUAUAUUUCCUUUGGUGGUUUAUUAAUGAGAUUAGAAGGUGGUUAUAGAUCAUUAAGUAAUUUAAAACAAGAAAAUGCAUACAUCUUAGUUCGUCAAUAUAAGGAUAAUUAA